AUGGCGGCAGUUCCCGAACCUCAUUGCGCCCUACUUGGUGAUCGGCAAACUUUCGAAACUGGCAGCCUCACCCAACCCACACAACCUGACAUCCCUUCGAGAAUGCAACAAACAUCCAUGCGCCCCAAUAACCCUCAGAACAACCUUGUUCUUGCAAGUCGGCUUCCUUCAAAACAGAAAGAGCGAGUUGAAUGGGACGUGGAGAAGUGGAACAUUCCGGCUCUCAGGCCGUGA